GGGCGGUAUUGGCGCUCAGGGUUGCUUCUUGUGCUGCUUUCUGUCAAGUGUCUAGUUUCCGGUCGGGAACUCGUGGUGUUUUUUUUUUUUUUUUGGAACCUGUCUGCCGGUGCUAUGGCGCAGGUUAGCACUCCUGUUUUUCCAGCUGUUCAGGCAGGAUUAAGGGAGGCCUUGUUGGAAACACUGAGUGGCAUUCUGUCCCCAGGACAUGAGGUGCGAGCGGCAGCAGAGGAACAGCUGAAAGUGUUAGAAGUGACAGAGGAUUUUGGGGUGCACCUGGCAGAGCUGACCGUUGACCCACAGGGUGCCCUAGCUAUAAGACAGCUGGCAUCGGUAGUUUUAAAACAAUAUGUCGAAAAUCACUGGUGCUCUCAGUCGGAGAGAUUCAGAUUACCAGAGACCACAGAAAGGGCGAAAGCUGCCAUUCGCCAGCUUCUUCCUCGUGGCUUGCGGGAGUCAAUUAGCAAGGUACGUUCCAGUGUGGCAUAUGCUGUGUCUGCCAUUGCCCACUGGGACUGGCCUGAAGCAUGGCCAGGACUCUUCAAUCUUCUUAUGGAGAUGCUGGUGAGCGGGGAAGUAAAUGCCGUACACGGGGCAAUGAGAGUUCUAACAGAAUUUACAAGAGAAGUCACCGAUACACAGAUGCCUCUUGUUGCCCCUGUCAUUCUUCCAGAGAUGUAUAAGAUCUUUACCAUGAAUGAGUUGUAUGGAAUUCGAACUCGUGCCCGUGCUGUGGAAAUCUUUACUACUUGUGCUCAUAUGGUGUGCACCAUGGAGGAACUGGAGAAGGGUGUUGCACAUGCUUUGAUCUUCCCAGUGGUGCAGCAGUUCACAGAUGCGUUUGUCCAAGCUCUACAGAUGCCAGAUGGCCCUACAUCCGACAGUGGCCUGAAGAUGGAAGUCCUCAAGGCGAUCACUGCUCUGGUUAAGAAUUUUCCAAAACAAAUGGUAUCCUCAAUGCAGCAGAUACUACCCAUUGUAUGGAACACGCUGACGGAGAGUGCAUCUUUCUAUGUGAGAACAGAAGUAAAUGGCACAGAGGAUUUGGAGGAUCCUGUGGAUUCUGAUGGAGAAGUAUUGGGUUUUGAGAACCUGAUAUUUAGUAUUUUUGAGUUUGUCCACACACUAUUGGAAAACAAGUUUAAAGCCACCGUCAAGAAAGCGCUCCCUGAAUUGAUCUACUACAUUAUACUGUACAUGCAGAUCACAGAUGAGCAGAUAAAGGUCUGGACUGCAAAUCCCCAGCAGUUUGUUGAGGAUGAAGAUGACGACACAUUUUCGUACUCUGUCCGUAUUGCAGCUUUGGAUCUGCUCCUGGCUGUUUCCAGUGAAUUCCAAAAUGAAAGCGCCGCUGCACUGGCUGCUGCAGCAACCCGCCACUUCCACGAGGCAGAGCAAAACAAGAGCCAGAACGGAGAACAUUGGUGGAAGAUACAUGAAGCAUGCAUGCUGGCCCUAGGGUCUGUGAAGUCUGUGCUUACAGAGGGGGUGCAAUCAGGACAAGUUCAGUUUGAUAUGUCUGGGUUCCUGACUGGUAUCAUACUCUCAGAUCUCAACACAUCAGUAUCUCCUUUUCUGUUGGGCCGAUCUCUCUGGGCUGCAAGUAGAUUUACAGCAGCUAUGUCACCCGAACUCAUCCAGCAAUUCCUUCAGGCCACUGUGAGUGGACUGCAUGAGAACCAACCCCCUUCUGUGCGCAUCUCUGCUGUCAGGGCCAUUUGGGGGUACUGCGAUCAACUUAAAACGUCAGAGAGCACACAUGUGCUGCAGCCCUACUUGCCAAGUAUGGUGGAUGGCCUCAUAACACUCGCAGCCCAAUUCACUUCUGAGGUGUUAAAUUUAGUAAUGGAGACUCUGUGUAUCGUGUGCAGUGUAGAUCCUCUCUUUACUGCUAAGGCAGAGCCCAAGAUUUGUCCCUUCGCCAUUGCCAUCUUCCUCAAAUACAGUAACGAUCCUGUAGUAGCCUCAUUGGCUCAAGACAUCUUUAAAGAGUUGGCCCAGAUAGAGGGUUGCCAAACUGCAAUGCAGAUGAGGCUCAUACCUACAGUGGUUAGCAUCAUGCAGGCCCCUUCUGACAAGAUCCCAACAGGUCUGUGUGCGACUGCCAUUGACAUUUUGACCACAGUUGUGAGAAACACAAAGCCGCCGCUGUCCGAAUUACUCAUUUGCCAAGCUUUCCCAGCUGUGGCUCAGUGUACUCUUCGCACAGAUGACAACGCAAUAAUGCAGAACGGCGGAGAGUGUUUGCGUGCUUAUGUGUCAGUGGCGCUGGAACAGAUUGCUCAAUGGCGGGACGAUCAGGGACAUACAGGACUCUGGUAUGUGAUGCAAGUAGUUGGCCAACUGUUGGAUCCUCGCACAUCUGAAUUCACUGCAGCCUUUGUUGGGCGUCUUGUGUCGACUCUCAUAGCCAAGGCUGGUCGUGAGCUUGGGGACAAUCUGGACCAGAUACUGAGGGCCAUCCUCAGCAAAAUGCAGCAGGCAGAGACGCUCAGCGUCAUGCAGUCAUUGAUCAUGGUGUUUGCACACCUUGCACAUUCACAACUGGAGCCCUUACUUGACUUCCUUUGUAGCCUCCCUGGACCCACUGGGAAACCUGCCCUUGAGUUUGUAAUGUCAGAGUGGAUGGGGCGUCAGCACUUGUUCUAUGGGCAAUAUGAAGGCAAAGUAAGCUCUGUGGCAUUGUGUAAGAUUCUGCAGUAUGGGAUCACAAUGGAUGACAAGAGGCUUCAAGAUAUAAAGGUGAAAGGGGACGAAAUAUUUAACAUGGAGGAGGGAAUCCGCACCAGGUCAAAAUCUGCCAAAAAUCCAGAAUGUUGGACCACUAUACCUCUUCUUAUUAAGAUUUACAAGCUAAUAAUUAACGAGUUGUCUAGUAUUAUGGAAGCAAACGUCUCCCGCAAUACGGAGGAGGAGUGGGUUCAGGGUAAUGGGGAUAACACCAACGAUAUGUGGGAGGAUGAUGACGAUGAUGAAGGUUUAGCAGGGCAGCUGCUGUCUGAUAUCCUUUCCAGCAAUAAAUAUGAUGAUGACUACUAUGAAGAUGAUGAAGAAGAUGACCCUGAUGUCUUGAAGGAUCCUCUCUACCAGAUUGAUUUGCAGAAUUAUUUGACAGAGUUUCUGCAGCAGUUUGCUCAACAGUCGUGCUUCUCUGCAUUCUCUCAGCAUCUUAAUGACCAUGAACGGCGCAUCCUCCAGUCAAUCGGGAUAUGAAGCUGCAUACUUAUCUAAAACUAUUUAAAUCCCUGUUAAAAACAUGCGGCCCAAACAUGUGACCUGUAUCAUCAGCCUGUUUGUGGGCUCUUCUGAGACACCUUGCAGG